AUGUCGGGGUCCCCUUGGCCGGGCGCUGGACACUGCGCCGCCCCGACCUCCCGACGACCCCCGGACCCUCGGACCCCCCGGACCCUUCGGUGCCCGCCGUGCCCUCGGACCCCCGGACCCCCGGUGCCCUCCGUGCCCCCCGGCCCCUCGGUGCCCGCCGUGCCCUCCGUGCCCCCCGGCCCCUCGGUGCCCGCCGUGCCCUCGGACCCCCGGCCCUCGGAUCCCCGGCCCCUCGGAGCCCCCGGUGCCCUCCGUGCCCUCUGCCCUUCGGCCCCUCGGCCCCCCCGGCCCCUCGGACCCCCCGGCCCCCCGGUGCCCGCCGUGCCCUGUGCCCCCCGGCCCCUCGGUGCCCCCGCCUCGGUGCCCCCGGUGCCCUCUGCCCCUCGGUGCCCUCUGCCCCCCUGCCCUCUGGUGCCCUCCGUGCCCUUUGCCCCCCGGUGCCCUCGGACUUCCCGGCCCCUCGGUGCCCUCGGUGCCCUCGGUGCCCUGUGCCCCCCGGCCCCGCGGUGCUGCCCCGGGGCGCUGGGGAGGCUUGCCCGGUGGGCGUCGGGCCGGGCGGGCCCGGGGCUGCGGGUGUGGCGGGUGGAGCGGCGGGCGCCGGCCCCGGUGCCCCCCGAAAGCCACGGACACUUCUUCGUGGGCGACGCCUACCUCGUGCUCCGCUCCCCCCCCGCCGCCGCCCCCACCGCCGCCGCCCACCGCAUCCACUUCUGGCUAGGGAAAGAAUGCAGUCAGGAUGAAAGCACAGCAGCCGCCAUCUUCACCGUCCAGCUGGAUGAUUACCUCGGGGGCCGCGCAGUCCAGUACAGAGAGCUGCAGGGCUAUGAAUCCACUGAAUUUGUUGCCUAUUUCAAAGGAGGGUUGAAAUACAAGGCUGGAGGUGUCGCUUCAGGCUUCAAUCACGUCAUCACCAACGAGCUGUCGGCCAACAGGCUCCUUCACGUCAAGGGCCGCCGGGUGGUCAGGGCCACCGAAGUGCCCCUCAGCUGGGCCAGCUUCAACCGGGGGGACUGCUUCAUCGUCGACUUGGGACCGGAGAUCUUUCAGUGGUGCGGUUCUUCCUGUAACAAGUACGAGCGUCUGAAGGCCAGCCAGGUGGCCGUGGGGAUCCGCGAUAAUGAGCGCAAUGGCCGGGCCCGGCUCUUUGUGGUGGAGGAAGACAGCGAACCGCCGCAGCUCCUCAAGGUCCUAGGGAAAAAGCCAGAGCUUCCGGAAGGAGAUGACAACGACGACAGUGUGGCAGAUGUCACCAACAGGAAGAUGGCUCAGCUCUACAUGGUUUCGGAUGCAAGUGGGUCGAUGAAGGUUACCCUGGUGGCGGAGGAGAAUCCUUUCUCCAGGAAGCUUCUCCUGUCGGAAGAGUGCUUUAUCCUGGACUACGGCCAAGCCAGACAGAUUUUCGUGUGGAAAGGCAAAGAUGCUAACCCCCAGGAGAGAAAGGCAGCUAUGAAAACAGCUGAAGAUUUCCUACAGAAAAUGAAUUACCCUGCCAACACCCAGAUUCAGAUCCUUCCGGAUGGAGGGGAGACGCCCAUCUUCAAGCAGUUCUUCCGAGAUUGGAGGGACAGAGACCAGAGCGAAGGGUUUGGGAAAGUGUGUGUCACUGAGAAGGUGGCCAGAAUUCAAGAAAUCCCAUUCGAUGCCAAAAAGUUACACGAGUGUCCGCGAAUGGCUGCCCGGCAUAACAUGGUGGACGACGGCUCGGGGAAAGUGGAGAUCUGGCGUGUGGAAAGCCAUGGGAGAAUUCCCGUGGAGCCGGACACCUAUGGAGAGUUUUAUGGGGGAGAUUGCUACAUUAUCCUCUACACCUACCCUAAAGGACAGAUCAUCUACACCUGGCAAGGCGCAAGGGCGACCAGAGACGAGCUGACCACCUCCGCCUUCCUGACGGUUCAGCUGGACCGCUCCCUGGGGGGAAACGCCGUCCAGAUCCGCGUCUCCCAAGGCAAGGAACCCUCCCACUUGCUGAGUUUGUUCAAAGAGAAGCCGCUCAUCGUCUACAAGGACGGCACAUCGAAGAAAGGGGUUCAGGCGCCUCCUCCCCCCAAACGCCUCUUCCAAAUCCGGAGAUACCUGGCCUCCGUCACCAGGAUUGUGGAGGUGGACGCGGACGCCAAGUCACUGAACUCCAACGACGCCUUCGUGCUGAAGCUGCCCAAGGACAUCGGCUAUGUCUGGCGGGGACGAGGAGCCAGCAAGGAGGAAGAGUUUGGAGCCGCCUACGUGGCCGCCAUCCUGAAGUGCAAAACCACAAUGAUAGAAGAAGGCGAGGAGCCAGAGGAAUUUUGGAGUUCUCUGGGUGGGAAGAAAGAAUAUCAAACCUCACCCAUCCUCGAAACCCUGGCAGAAGAGCACCCUCCUCGACUCUUUGGCUGCUCCAACAAAACGGGCAGAUUCAUCAUUGAGGAAGUUCCAGGAGAAUUCACUCAGGAUGAUCUAGCCGAAGAUGAUGUCAUGUUACUGGAUGCUUGGGAACAGUUAUUCCUCUGGAUCGGAAAGGACGCCAAUGAAGUGGAGCGAACCGAGUCCAUCAAAUCCGGUAAGAAAUGACGGUGGGAGC